UCAGUCUCCUUAUCCUCUGGAAAAAGGAGUACAUGGACACAGCUCCUAACAGCUCGCUCCAUCUCUGGUACCAUUACUACCUGCUCUCCCACUCAGUUCCCCACGAAUCAAAGCCCAAAAUCACCUAAUUCCGAGGGAUUUGUAAGCGUAAGUAACUGAAGUAUUUUCCAUGGAAGGAUGCCUCUUCUUUUGUAUUAUCAUACAUAAAUGCAAAAUAAUAACGCUUUAUCUUUCUUUCUCUUGGAUGUCAUUGGUGUCUUAGUAAGUGAAUGUAUUGUAUUAUGUUUCCGGACCUUAAACUUUAUAACCCUUCCUUUCUACAUCAUUACAUCUUGUUUAAAUUAAUAUAUUUCAAACAUCUUCCUCCUUUGUUUUACUCUUUCCGUAUUAGUAAAAACCAUCUUCAGCAUCCAGUGCAGCAUACAACCUUUCAACAAUGCAUCAGUUCAGAUUAAUGCAUUGUAAUGUCAUUAUUAAUUCAGUUCUACAUGGUCAUUUUUCAUGUUCUGUUGAAGACAAAAGCAAACAAACAAAAAUACAAUUCAUUCCACACUGUCAUCCCUUUGUCCUGACCAGAACAACUCGAUCGUGUUGAAGAAGGCAUGAACCAUAUCAACCAAGACAUGAAGGAGGCCGAGAAAAAUUUAAAAGAUUUAGGGAAAUGCUGUGGCCUUUUCAUAUGUCCUUGUAACAAGCUUAAAUCAAGUGAUGCUUACAAAAAAGCCUGGGGCAAUAAUCAGGAUGGUGUUGUAGCCAGCCAGCCUGCACGUGUCGUAGAUGAACGGGAGCAGAUGGCCAUCAGUGGUGGCUUUAUCCGCAGGGUAACAAACGAUGCCCGGGAAAAUGAAAUGGAUGAGAACCUCGAGCAGGUCAGCGGCAUUAUUGGCAACUUACGUCACAUGGCCCUGGACAUGGGCAACGAGAUCGACACACAGAAUCGCCAGAUUGACAGGAUCAUGGAGAAGGCUGAUUCCAACAAAACCAGGAUUGAUGAAGCCAACCAGCGUGCAACAAAGAUGCUGGGCAGCGGUUAAAUGCAGCAAAGUGCAUUUCCUUUUAACGCUGCCCAACAGGGCAGUACCUUCCUGCUUUUAUCAUGGUAUUUACCUACUAGGUUUGCACACAUGCACAUAUCAGCCCCAUUGUAAAUGUUGUCCUGUGUAGUUUGUCAGCUUUCCAAAAAUGAUACUUGUAAUUAUUUUUUUCUAGAUAUCUUUCUUUCCAAAGGUUGUACAUAGUGCUGAUUUGAUGGCUAUAGCUCACUAUGAUAUUUUUUGGGAUUCUUCCUUUCCUUGUUUCUGUUUUGGAUUCCUUUCCUUUUUUCCCCCUCUCAACUUUUUUUUUAAAUGAUGUUUGCUGAAUGACAACACUUUUGGAAUGCUAAACGUGCUGUUAACCUUUAAAUAUACAGUAUUGUUCUUGUAAAACUGUGACAUUCCACAGAGCUACUGCCAUGCUCCUGUCUUUGGGUAUCAUGAUGUUUAAGCACUUAAACCUGCUGUCUUCAGUUCUUCAUUGCCAUUACCUGUUGUUAUGAUUUCAUGAUUAGACAACGUGGAAUUAUAUUACUAUAACAAGCAUUGCACUAAAAAGUGAUGUGAUUUAUGCAUUUAUGCAUGAGGAAUAAAUAGACUUUUAGACUCCUACUUAAACAAGACUUCUCCCAUGGCAGUAGCACACCACCAAUGACAACAAAAGCAUGCUCAGUAUUCGGACUCUUUUGGGACUAUGUUAUACCAGCAAGUUUGCAGUCGUGCCACUUUUUUCUUGUUGAUAUAUAUAUAUAGUUAUUAAUCAUGAUCAUUUUUUUUAAUUAUUAAAAAAAAAGAGGGAUUUGGCACUCACCAUUUAGCCAUUGCCAGCAAAAUAAAACCUUGGCUGAAAAUAUGUCAAAGACAAAAAGAAAUAAGUGUAAUAUAUUGGGUUUGCUGCUUUUGAAGACUAUCUUUUGGAGGAAACGACUACCAUAUGAAAUGGUGCAAAGAAAUGUAAUUUUUAUAAGGCUCUCUCUUACUAGUCGCUAUCCCCAUGUGGUUUGUUAUCGGUACAGUUCUCUGUUGCUUACCUAGAGCUAUGCACACCAAAUCGCUGAGAUGUUUAGUAGCUGACUUAAUUAAAAAAAUAACAAAAAAACCUAAAUGAAUGAACUCUAGAUAAACUGUGAGAUAAAUAUCAUUUACAGCAUGUAAUAUGAAAUUCCUUAUGUCUCCUGUCAGUUUGUGAAGUGAUUGACAUUUUGUAGCUAGUUUAAAAAUUAUUAAAAAUUAUAGAUCUCAGAAUCCA